UCACUGACAUGUCAUGUGGAGUUUGUGUUUUGGUUUGUUUUUCAGGGCUUCAAGAUCAAGCCUCAAGUAUUUAUCACCCUUCAACAUGAGCAUUCUGACCGACCAUUUGAUUCCAUGAACCUUUGGCUUGAAGAUGUCGGAAAGAACGAGUUUUACGUGUGCAUGAGAGAGUUGAUGACGUUUGAUGGAAUUCACUCGGACCUAAAGGUGCAUUGGUUUGCUUAUGACGAGCUCCCCGCCUAUUGGAACUUCACUGAACGAGGAAAGAUUAAUUUCGCUGGAUAUGGAGCACCAUCGCAAGAAAAUAAUUACGCUUUUUGCCAGGAUUUGAAAUUUGACAACCCGUUUUACAAAGCGCCAAUAAUCCUUGUAUCUGCUAGUCACGACAAUUCAACCAGCACACUGUGGUAUAACUCAGAUGGUCGCUACAGCAAUGCUUUAAAUGUUUGGAUGGAGGAGAUUACUCAGUCGUCUUUUAAAGUUUGCGUUAAGGACACUCAGGGAAUAAGCAGAAAUCACGACCCAAUAACCGUGGAGUAUGCUGUCGUAGGAGAACUUGACCCGUGCAUAAACGUGACUUGUGAGUACUUUGCUGUCUGCAAGGCGUUCGACGCAUUUGACGCCCGUUGUGUCUGUGAGGAAGACUGCCCUUCAUACGAGGAGCAAGUGUGCUCAUCCAACUCAACCACCUUCAAAAACAAGUGCAUUUUUGAACUGGAGAUGUGUAGGCUGAAGAGCAACCACACUCUGUAUCAUCCAGGAAGUUGUACCGGUUUUCCUGUACGGAGAGGACGAGUGACAUUAAAACGAGAUGUCUCCUCUGCUGAGACGGCCUGCGAAAUCGUGAUUUUCCCGCCGUUUUCAUUCUACCCGGACAAGGAAGUGCACGUGCAGAUCACCACUAAUCACUGGAACUCAACCAGGAGUAAUUACGUGCAUGAGGCUACUGUCUCCUGGGCGGAAAAUGUAAACUACCAGAACUUUAAGGUUUGCGUGACAAUAGCAGGAAGAAAUGACCGACAAACAAGAGAGUUCGCAACCGUCGACUGGAUGGCUUACCAGGGAGCACCGAACGGAGGGGUGGCGGGAAAUACCCGUAUUCCGCAAUGGUGGACUGGGACAAAAUGCGAAGAAAUUACACUACCUAAUGGUAAAUUUUCCGUUACACCCACCAUUCUGGCAACAGCAGAUCACAUGAGCUCAGCUUUCAAGCACGAUGCUGCUAGUCUGUGGAUAGAAAACGCCACCAGCUCUAACUUCUACAUCUGUCUACGCGAGUUACAGAAUUACGAUGGCCUUCAUGAAGACAUUUUUGUGAACUGGCUGGCUUUCGAAACAAUCCAUCGUCCCCUUUUUACCGAGAGUAAAAAAGUCCUCUUUCCAAACGAUAACCCAGUUUCUGCUAAUGACAAUGGAGCAUUUUGUCAGGACGUGCAGUUUGAAAGAGCUUACGACAAAGAACCUAACAUAAUAAUAACAGCCAGUCAUAAUUCGUCGAGCAACAACUUAAAGCCAGCAUUCAUGUCUGUUGCUGCAUGGAUAGAGCAUAUCAAGGCAUCUGAAUUCCGUAUUUGUCUCAAGGAGUUGUUCGGUAACCAGCAUGAUCCCACUGCGGUGUCUUACGUUGUACUUGCAGACAUUUGUAAACCAGGGUGGUCAUACUUUUCUGGUGUUUGCUACUCAACCAGUCAAUCUUGCAAGAACUGGACUGAAGCUCAGAAGACCUGCCAAAACUACAACGCCAACCUCGUGAGCGUCCGAAAUCAAGAAGAAAAUGUUUUCGUGCAGCAUCGUUUGAAUGGAGCCAGGGGUUGGAUUGGAUUGAACGACAGAAACAGCGAGGGCACAUUUGUCUGGGCGGAUAGUCGAUCCAACAACUUUACAUAUUGGGCUCAGAGUCAACCCAAUGACUUCAACAAUGAAGACUGCGUCCAUACCUUAGGAAUUAGGCAUAGCUUUAUGUGGAAUGACGUGAGCUGUGCGAGGUGUAAUAACUACACUUGUUCAGAAGACCUGGACGAAUGCGGAAACAACGGUCAUAACUGUCACCAAAAUGGAGUAUGUUCAAAUACAUAUGGAGGUUAUAGCUGUCAGUGUGCCAACGGAUACAGUGGCGACGGUCGAACUUGCAUAGAUAUCGAUGAAUGUUUUUCUGGUCACACAUGUGAUAGCAGUGCAUCAUGUCAGAAUAUGGAUGGAUCAUAUGUAUGUACCUGUGAUGGAGGAUAUACAGGCGACGGGCACACUUGUCGAGAUGUGGAUGAGUGUUCACUCGGCAGUCAUAACUGUGACAGCAAUGCACAAUGCAACAACAUUCCUGGAUCUUUCACUUGCCAAUGUAACUACGCGAGUGGCUACUAUGGCAACGGCACUGUAUGCUUUGUUUACAGAGGCUUCGAAGACUCGUUAAUUGUUGGCACUGAUAGCAGCAAAAUGUCACAGCUGAACUCUUGGCUUAGUUCUCGCCUGCAGAAUUCGGACAGAAGUUAUUGGAAACGGUGUUGGAGAGGCUCUGUUGAUGGCUGGCACACAAAGACCUUUCACCAACUCUGUGAUGAUCUCGGACCCACCGUGACUAUCGUUCGCGCCAAUGGCUACAUAUUUGGAGGCUACACUGACCAGUCGUGGAAAUGGUCACAUGGAUAUCAGUACUCGACAAAAACCUUCAUAUUCUCACUCAGAAACUAUUAUGGAUAUGGUUACUUUAAAAACGACGUUAACAACUAUUAUCAAUACUCCACAUACAGUAAUGAUAACUAUGGUCCAACCUUUGGUGGGGGACACGAUAUUUACAUUGCAGACUAUGCAAAUACUAAUUACAACUCUUACUUUAACUGUUACUCGUACACCAGUCCCUACUGCGACAAUUAUCUCUGGACAGGAAGCAGCAGUGUCUGCCCAGAUGAAAUAGAGGUUUACUAUGAAGUACUUGCUAGUAAUUAAACAGCUGAGAUAAAAUUACAUGUAAUCUGCGCCCACGUGCUGUAAUGCAUUUUCAUACGUAAAUCGGAUGUAAAUCAUUGAGGACUUGCAGAAUCUAUAUAUUUCAUUCCUACUCAGCAUAUAGGGGGUUUUAUUGAGUGCUUUUUUUUUUUAGCGUGAAGGACCUGAGAACAUGUCAUAACGUUUCAGUCUUAAUACUGAUGUCCCAUUGUAAGGCGGGGUUUGAGCCAUACGCUUAAACUCAUGUUGGAAUCUCUGUCAUACAUAUAUAUCUUUAGCGUAGUCCCAAGGUAGUAAAUAAGUAAAUAAAUAACAACAUAAAAGUAGAUUCAUGGUUCCCAGGUGGCGUCACUUGCUUGGAGACACCUUAGUCUAACAAACAAAAGGAAGGAGUACAAUUUUUGUUUUUUGUUCGGCAUAAAGCGGUUUUCAAUCAGGUUGUAAAACCAAAGUAAUCACUCUUGCCAAUCACAAAGGACACAUAAAAUUAAGCGGACCAAUUAAAACUUGUAGCAAGUACAUGUCGCUGUCGACAUGAAGCUAGAGAAAACGUGUGCGACCAAUCAAGUCAUCUGUCAGCUUUGGUUUUUCCUUCUGAUUCAAUGACAGUCUGGGGCGAAUUUAUUUUAAACCAAUUGCUUUGCAUAACAAUGCAAAACCAAGGCAGAUGUGCAUCACUUUCGACAAUCAAGUGAAAACCGCUCUAUCACUUCGCGAUUGCAAAAAGUAACAGUAGGCAAAAUGAUUUCUUGCCAGCCCGCGAAGGCAAGCGAGGCAAGAAACGCAAAAACGAUAGGUUUAUAGAUUUAUUUGUUCUGCCUCUCUCCAGUGAAACAGUCACAGUUUAAGCUCUUUCCUUAGCGUUUCGUCUCGUUUACGGACUAUUUUGCUUUCUAAUGGUGUGCAUAGCCCUGAGUGUAAGUGUAGCUGCUUAAUUGUUGAAGUCUUACGGUUAGUUUUUUUAGUGAAAAAAAAAAGGUAGGAAACGAUUCACAGUUUCUAACAUCAUAUUUCAAAUGAGCCCCUGUAAAGUGGGCUAUUUGUAAACGGAAUACCGGCAAGUUUGCAUGCAUACCCUAAGUUAAAUUCUAGUCUUUCGCAGUUUUAUAACCACUAGAAAAAUUAGAUAAUUGUGAGUUUGUAACUUCUAUUUUUGAAUCUCGGACUAUUAAUAAACAAGAUACCAGAAUGAUUUGUUCUCGAUUUGUAGUAGUGUAUAACUAGAGAACUGAGGCUUCAUUUUCUUCGUCUUAUCCAGCUGAGCUUGCACCGUAGGCACCUUAUUUUUUUCUUUUCGAGAAUAAUAUCAAAGUGUUAGGUGAGCUGCCGGCAAAAAUAAAGGUGAUAAUUAUUCUUACACAUUAAAGUCUUUGGGGAUGUUUAAUCACAUUUUAGAAACGUAUAACUGUGCGACUCCACCACUAUUCAAUCCGUAGUGGUUUAUC